UAAAAGAUGGACUAGUGCAGCUCACUCUGUCUGCCGUUCGUAAAACAAGAGACUUUAAAAAAAAAAAAAAAAAAAAAAGAACCGCAAUCUACCCCUUGUGGGUCGUCAGGUGAGUUGUUUCCUCCCGCACCUUACAGUACCACGUCAUGUUCAUCCAUAGAACAGACGGUUUCAGCAGAUUAACAUCACAGCAAGAUAUGCACUGAGCAGUAACGUCUGCUGCAGCUUGCUGCACCUCUCACUUCUGCAAGAUUUUUCUUUUCCGGCUACGAACUGUACUGGAGCGCAACUCAAUGCAGAUAUCGACCCUCGUGCACCUGCAGAGGCAGGUAGAGUUGGAAUUACAGCGAACAUUCUCUUGUUUCAGUGGACCUGGAACCCAGAUGACACUUUCAAUGAUUGGUUUAUUUCUCGUUGGGUGCUGAUGGGGGGAUCUCUGGCACAGGCACUUGUCUGCAUCUGACUUAACUGAAUUAUUCAUUUUCCGUGUCGGUUCUGUCGCCGAUCUCCCUUUUCUGAAUAUCAUAAAGAACGUAGUUGGAUAUUUUUUUCUGUGCAGAGGAGCAAAGCUCAGAUCGCGUGUUGACAAUCCAAUGAAUUGCGGAGAACUGCCAGACCGGCUUGGUUAUCUUUAUCAGCAUUUCAGCGGUUAAUAAACGAUAUUCUGCAGGAUUUUAAGAAGAUGCUGCUGUUGGUUUUGCUGGCUUUUUCCAUACCUAGCUCUUCUCCCAACUCAGAUUCUGACCUCUCAGCGGAGACCUGCAGUGCUUGCUCUUGCAUGUCCAUAGAAAAUGUUCUAUAUGUGAACUGUGAGAAAAUCGCAGUAUACAGACCUACUCAGCUUAAACCACCACCUUCGACUUUAUAUCAUCUCAAUUUCCAGAAUAACUUAUUGCUCAUCCUUUACCCGAAUUCCUUUAUUAAUUUCACACAUGCAGUGUCACUCCAGCUGGGGAACAACAAGCUGCAGAACAUUGAGGGAGGGGCUUUUCUUGGACUGAGUGCAUUAAAACAAUUGCACCUAAACAACAAUGAAUUAAAGAUGCUCCAAGCAGACACAUUCCAGGGUAUAGAGAACUUGGAAUACCUCCAGGCUGACUACAAUUUAAUCAAGUUUAUUGAACGGGGCGCCUUCAAUAAGUUGCACAAGCUGAAAGUGCUCAUUCUUAAUGACAAUCUCAUUUCCAGCCUUCCAGACAACAUAUUUCGCUUUGCUUCUCUUACCCAUUUGGAUAUAAGGGGAAACAGGAUACAGAAGGUUCCUUAUAUCGGGGUUUUGGAACACAUUGGGAGGAUAGUGGAAUUGCAGCUAGCGGAUAAUCCUUGGAAUUGUACCUGUGAUUUGUUACCCCUCAAAGCUUGGUUGGAGAACAUGCCCUAUAAUAUUUAUAUAGGGGAGGCCAUUUGUGAAACACCAAGUGACUUGUAUGGGAGGCUGUUGAAAGAAACAAACAAACAAGAACUGUGCCCUAUGGGAACAGGGAGCGAUUUUGAUGUCCGGAUGCCUCCUUCCCAGAUUGAAAGCGGACAAACCACAUCCAAUGUUGCACCAACUACAAUGCAACGCCUCGUUACCAAAGCGCCAAAAACCACCAAUCCUUCAAAAAUAUCAGGAAUUGUUGCUGGCAAGGCAUCUUUCAAUCAAAAUCUCAGUCAGAUUAUAUCUUAUGAGACCAGAAUCCCGCCCCUAGCUCCCUGCCCACUCCCGUGCACAUGCAAAGCCCACCCCUCCGACUUUGGGAUUAGUGUAAGUUGCCAGGAGCGCAAUAUUGAAGAUCUUGGUGAGCUGGUGCCCAAACCUCCAAAUGCCAAGAAACUGCACCUCAGUGGCAAUUAUGUAAAAGAUAUCAGUCCUACUGACUUCCUUGGCUUUGAAGGCUUAGAUCUGCUGCACCUGGGGAGCAAUCAAAUAGUGACUGUUCAAAAAGGAGUGUUUGUGAAUUUAACCAAUCUGCGCAGACUGUAUAUGAAUGGCAAUCAGAUCGAGCAACUGUAUCCUGAAAUGUUUCUGGGACUCACUAACCUCCAGUACUUGUACUUGGAAUACAAUGCCAUCAAGGAGGUUUUAACAGGGACCUUUGACUCCAUGCCAAAUCUACAGCUCUUGUAUCUGAACAACAAUGUGUUAAGGAGUCUCCCAUCUUAUAUCUUUGCUGGAGUUUCACUUGCCAGGCUGAACCUGAAGAACAAUCACUUCAUGUAUCUGCCAGUAAGUGGCGUUCUAGACCAGCUGCUCUCCCUCACGCAGAUAGAUUUAGAAGGAAACCCCUGGGAUUGCACAUGCGAUUUAGUGGCUUUAAAACUGUGGCUCGAGAAACUGAAUGAGGGAAUUACAGCCAAAGAAGUGAAGUGUGCGUCCCCAGUUCAGUUUGCUAACAUCGAGCUGAAGCUACUGAAAAAUGAAAUCUUAUGCCCAAAACUUUUAAUGAAGCCAUCUUUCAUUCUAACUAGCCUCACUCCAACGAUUACAUCUACAUCACCAGCUGGGCUCAGUAAAGCUCCUCCCGGUGGGCCUGUGCCCUUGUCAAUAAUGAUUCUGAGCAUUUUAGUUGUGCUCAUUUUGACCGUGUUUGUUGCAUUCUGCCUUCUUGUUUUUGUCUUGAGGCGCAACAAAAAUCCCAAUGCAAGGCACGAAGGUUUAGGGAACCAGGAAUGUGGCUCCAUGCAGCUUCACAUCAGAAAGCAUGACCAGAAGUCCAAUAAGAUGGAUGACCUUGGAGGAGAGACCUUCAUACCACAAACCAUAGAGCACAUGAGCACAAGCCACACCUGCGGGUUACAUGAUUCAGAAUCAGGGUUCAAAUUUGCAGAUUCUCAGAGACAGAAAAUAAUUCUUCGGAAUUGCGCUGACAAGGACACAGACUCGUUGCAUGCAUUGGAUUCAAGGAAGAGGCUCAGUACUAUUGAUGAAUUGGAGGAAUUUCUACCGGGAAGGGAUUCCAAUCUGUUUAUUCAGAACUUUUUGGAAAAUAAAAAGGAUUUUAACAGUAUAGGAGUCAGUGGUUUUGAGAUCCGCUACCCAGAAAAGACAAAUGACAAAAAGUUGAAAAAAUCUUUAAUAGGUGGCAACCACAGUAAAAUUGUGGUGGAGCAACGGAAAAGUGAAUAUUUUGAAUUGAAAGCAAAACUUCAAGGUUCUCCAGACUAUCUUCAAGUGCUCGAAGAACAGACAGCUUUGAACAAAAUGUAGGUCACCCAAUCCUUCAGCAAAUACUUAUUUAAUGACAAAAGUGCCUUUUGUUGACUUUAAACUUCCAGAAAGCUAAGGAUCAUUAGAAAACCAGACAGGUGCUCCCAGGGGCAACUCAAAACACAGUCAUGUUAUUUGCUAAAAAUAAUUGGCUUUUUUACAAGUAAAAUCUUUUUUCUCAUAUGGACACCAUGCAUUUGUCAAAGGGAUGUGAUUUUACACAUGAAACUUUUAAAAGGCAUUUUCAAGGGUACUUUGCUGCUACUAAAGUCAGUACAAUAGUAUAUCUAUCUAUCUAUCUAU